AUGUCAAUUGGAAUAGAAUCGGUGCUUCCUUACACAAGAGGAGGCAAGCUCCCCUACUGGCUCCUCUUCAUAUCAAUAGUCUCAAUAUUCAACUCGUUCCAAUCGUAUAACCAUGACUUAUCACUAACGAAACAAGUAUACAACAACAAGCCGCAGCAAGUGACCAAUUUGUCAGCACGCACAUUUGGCACAUGGACAUUGAUCACGUCGCUCGUGAGGUUAUAUGGUGCUUACAAUAUUACUAGUGCUCCCGUUUAUCAGUUGACGCAGUUGACUUUUGUUGUUGCUGCGUGGCAUUUCGGGAGUGAGUGGUUGGUUUUCGGCACGACAAAGUUGGGCAAAGGGUUGGCGGGGCCUUUGGUUGUUAGCAGUGUGAGCUUGGUUUGGAUGUGGCAGGUGCGGAACUUUUACGUUUUUUGA